AAUAGGAUAAAGGCCAGAAGAAACCUUUCCACACACCUCGACAUCUCAUCUCUUAAUGUUUGUGGGGAUUCAUUAGUCGCCCAUGUUCAUGUCCAUGUAUCUGUAGUGGACAGUGGAGAGGAGACAUAUUUAGAGAAUGGGAACGGGGGCGAACUGCAGCUGGACUGGGCUGGAAUUCCCGCUGUCGUCAGAACUCUUCAAAGCCAUUAGAAAUGAGCUGUGGCUGUUCCUCAUCCCGGCCGGCCUGGCUGCUAUUCUGCUCGGCGUUUUCCUGGAGGAGGUGGGCUUCUUCCUGCGUCACAUUCCCUCAGCCAGGCGUAAACGUCUCUACCUGUGGAUCCUAGGGAUGUACCCGGUAUUCAGCUUGACUUCUCUUAUAGCUCUGUUCGUGCCACGCUCCUCCUCGUUGUGUAAUUUCAUUGCUUCACUGUAUCACUCCAUCACUUUGCUGAAAUUCAUGCAGCUGAUCACAGACUUUUUUGGAGGGAAAGCUCGUAUGUUGGCCACUCUGUCUGGAAAGCAGGUUUCCCCGGAUCCGUUCCCCUGUUGCUGCUGCUGCUGCUUCCCAAUGGUGGCCGUAAACAGCGUCAGCCGUGCUUGGAUGAUGGCGGCUGUGCUGCAGCUCUCUGUUGUCCGCAGCGCCCUGUUCUUCAUCACCCUCGUCCUGUGGACCGACGAGCAAUACGACUACGGUGACGUGGACUCAGUCGACCCCAACGUGUACGUGAACGGCAUCAUAGGCGUGUCAACGUUCGUGUCCUUCUACGGCCACCUCCUCUUUUACAAAGCCACCAAGAGCGCUUUGCACGGCUACGGGCUCAGGGCCAAGUUCUUCUGCAUCAUCGUGGUCCUGGUGCUGUGCGGUCUGCAGAGCGGCAUCCUGGAGACCAUGGGGGCCCUGGAGGUCAUCCCCUGCAUGCCACCGUUCUCCGUCCUGACCAGGUCUCAGCUGAUCUUUCAUUAUUGUGUGAUCGUGGAGAUGUUCUGCAUCGGCAUGUACGCCCGACACACCUUCCGUAAGGUGGAGCUGACCGAGGCCGAGGACGCCGAGGUGGCGGUCGACAUCUGCAAGAUGGAAAUGGGCGUCCAGACCGAUGACGUUCAGACGGAGCAUCCCACCCCCGGCCUGCCCUCUCAGGAGGUUUCCCCCGGCCGGUGCCUCGUCAACGCUGUGAAUUCCUGUUAUAACAGUGACAGCGAGGAAAGUCUGUGCAGGAUAGAGCACGCACCUCUGGAUGGUUUUCAUUUCCCUCAGGCUAAAAGGCAGCACCCGAGCAGGCUGGAACAAGAAGAGCCUGAUGGAGAUCUGGGCCAAACUACUGGCAGGACUAACAUUGGCUUUCAUGACUCUGAGGAUGUUACUGUGGUUUGACCACUUGAAGGUGUUUACAGGGCAACUUGUCGCCCUCUUGCUUUGCCUCGUCCACUCAUCCAAUCAAGCCUGAAGCUCUUCCACUCAUCACCGGUUCUUCAGUUUACCUGUUUGCUGAGGGUGCAGCUUAAGCCGUCUCCUUCGCCUCCUUUUUGGGACCUUUUGUGACACUUUUUCUGAGCCUGGACCUCUGGCCUAAUAAAGACUACUGUUUGUAAGGCUAAGUUUAAGAGCUCGUGAUGCUGGUACUGACCCCUCAUGUGUUAUUAUAAAGCAAAUACUGAUGUACUGUCUUUUAUAAGAUGGUGUGUUUUCACCAAAUCUUUAAGAUUCGCUGCUUCUAGCUCUCGAUAUUGUUCUCACCAAACAAAGAUGAACGCGAAUGCAACCUGAGAUACGUUAUGUGGCAGGGACAAUGUACUAGUAUACAUUUGUUUUUGUUUGUUUGUUUGUGUGUGUUUUCACGUUAACUGUCCGGUGCCCUCAUGAAAAGAGACCCUGCUCGGGGUUUCACUCCGUGCCUCUUUUCAUUUUUCCUGAACUGUGUAAACGCUGAACUUUGAGAUUAAUAGAUAUUAUAAUAUUGAGUAUGUGGGUAAUAGGAGCCUCAAUCUACAUCUUUUGCAACGUCUGCCUCUGCACUAGGGUUAUCAGUUAGUCAAGGAAGUUAGACAGACAGUUUUUCUUUUUUAAUUUAGUUAUAUUCAUUAGCCUUUCCUUGUUUUGUUAUAAUAUAUACACACAAAGCCUUUUAAAUGUACUUUUUGGAGAUUUAAAAUAAGCAGCAUUCUGACACUGUGUCUUUCCACGUGGUUAUUUAAGAAAUGAGAAGCUCCUCAUUGCGUCAGUUGGGGUUAAAUAACAUGUCGCCAGCUGAAAGAUAA